AUGACGACCACAACGACCACCGCCACCACAUCCUCAGACUACAUCCCUCGCGGCCCAACCACCGCCGAACUCACCUUCUACGCCCCACCCCCGGACAACAGCGCGCCCUAUAACUACGUUGAAUCCCCACCCCCAGGCCAACCAGCACGCAACUACCCCGAAGUCCCGCACAGAGUCACUCUAAAUGACAUCCGCGGCCACGAAUCCCAAUACAACCUGGACAAAGACUCCUUCCAAGCCCUCCAAAACAUCACCUCCGCAGCGACCUACUCAACCUUCGAUUCGGACGACUCCGUCCGCUCAAUCUACUACCCAGAGGUCGAACAACUCCUCCUCUCCACAAUUCCAGGCUCCCGCAAAAUCAUCCUCUUCGACCAUACAAUCCGACGCCAAAAAGACGGGGCUCCCCGCCAACCCGUUACACGCGCCCACGUCGACCAGACCCCGCGCGCGGCCGCCGAUCGAGUCAAACUCCACAUCCAAGAUCCUGAAGAAGCAGAAAAGCUACUUGCAGGUCGCUACCGCAUCGUUAACGUCUGGCGCCCGUUAACCGUUGAACCGGUUCAGUCUGCUCCAUUGGCAUUUGCCUCUGCGGCAUCUGUGGACGGCGAGGAUCUCGUGCCCAUUGAGCAUCGGUAUCCGCAUCGGACCGGGGAGACGAUGGGCGUUAAGUACAAUCCGGGCCAGGAGUGGUUAUAUUGGUCUGGGAUGACGGGUGAUGAGAGGCUGUUGUUGAAGUGUUCGGAUUCGAAGGGGCUGAAAGAUGGGGAUGUGGCUCAGUGGGUGCCGCAUACUGCGUUUUGGGAUGAGAGGACGCCUGCGGAAGCGCGGGCUAGGGAGAGUAUCGAGGUUAGGGCUUUGGUUUUUGAUUGA